AUGCCUGCCGCUAUUGUCACGGGUGCUUCUCAAGGCAUCGGUCGAGCCAUUUCCUUACGUUUAGCAGAUGACGGCUUCGACGUGGCUGUGAAUGACAUCGCCGCGAGACAUUCUGAGCUCCAGAGUCUCAAAGCAGAAAUCGAGUCCAAAGGCAGAUCCUCCGUUGCCGUAGUCGGCGAUGUAAGCAUAGAGGAGGAUGUGAACCAAUUGGUUGAGGCCACUGUUGAAGCUCUUGGUCACUUGGCGGUCAUGGUCGCAAAUGCGGGUAUAAUGCUCACGAAACGGGUGAUGGACCUUACGAUGGAUGAAUGGGACCAUGUUCAAGCUGUUUGCACCCCCGCUUCUUGUGAUAUUAUCUCUAGCUUACGUGCAAAGGUCAACGUCAAGGGAGUCUUUCUGUGCUACCGAGCUGCUGGCAAGUCUGAUUACUUGAAUUAA